AUGGCGCCUUGGGACCGUUGCAGGGUAUGGCGAGGUUUAGUCUGGAGCCUGUUUGCCUUUUAUGCUACAUUUCUGUUGAUUACUCCAGGUAUGUCAACUUAUGUUUAACUCUAAUGGGGCGGGUUGAGAGCGAAUAAUAUAAAAUUGUAGUUUAAAUGUGCUACGACUUUGACUCUUUCCAGCGAUAGUCCUUUGUCACAGUGAAUCACGGCAAGGAAAGUUGGAUAUGGCUUUAAUACCAAAACUCUCAAAUGAUCUAAUUUAGUAGAAUGUUUUCACAACUAUUACUUCUUUCAUUCAUGGCCGACAGGAAAAUAGGCACCUUUUAUGUUAAGAAGAGCUGUAAAAUCUGAUUAUGGACCAGAAGCAUUUCAAAUAUACCCGCGCACGAUGCCAUCCUGCGAGUAGAGCCUUUACUUUUACUUACUGCGAUUUAGGGGUCUUCCACGAAAAGGGCUCUGUAAUAAUCAUGUCAAGCUUGUUGGGCAGCCCAGGUACAGUAGACGUGUUAUUUUAAUAGCGUUUUAAUGGUAUAUUCGUUUUUUCGGAUUCUUUAUCUAGGUGUAGGAGCCCUAAAGUUCCUCCAGGAUCCUCCAUUAGUCCAGGUAUCUCUUGUCGGCUGGACUGUUGACUACAAUUGCACAACAGAUGACCCAAGUGCCACGGUGUCACUUUUAUAUUCUAGAAAUUUUGGCAUUUCUUAUAGUGUGUUACAGGCCUCACCAAACAAACUUCUUUUGAGGAAACAAGUGUUCACCCUAGUAAACCUUAUUCUUUCGGAUGGAGGAUACUAUAAAUGCAAGGCAACGGACCAGUCAGGUCAAACCAUUCAAUGGAACCGUGUUUCAGUGUUAUUUUUACAAGCAGGUUUGUAA